AUGAAAUAUGAUGAUGCGUAUAAAUAUUGUGCGGAAAAAUACACUUCUAUGGUGGCGAUUCAAAACCAAAUGGAAAAUGAACAUCUCAACAACAUACUGCCACUUAAUAAAGCAUAUUACUGGAUUGGUAUAAGAAAAAAUAAUAUAACUGGCAAUUGGACCUGGGUUGGUACAAACAAGGUUCUCACAAAAGAAGCUGAAAAUUGGGCCACAAAUGAACCUAACAACCUGAGUGACAAUAAAAAUGAAGACUGUGUUGAGAUGUAUGUUAAGCGGGCAAUUGAUUCAGGAAAAUGGAAUGAUGAACCCUGCAAUAAAGAAAAGGCUGCUUUAUGCUACACAGCUUCUUGUCAUCCUUCUUCUUGCAACAACCAUGGGGAAUGUGUUGAAAAACUAUUAACAACUACACUUGCAACUGCUAUGAUGGCUUUUAUGGAGAAGAAUGUGAACAUGUUGUGCAGUGUUCUUCUGUGGUGGCCCCAACGAAUGGUCAGGUAG